AUGGCUGAACAAGAAGAGGAUUUCAGUUCGCUUCCUCUGCCCGAUAGAUUUCAGCACAAGAUAUGGAAAGUCCGAAAAGCAGCAUAUGAAGAUGCUGCUAAACAAUUCGAAGCCACACCAGACGAAAACGAUCCUGCGUUUCGACCGUUCUUACAAGACCCGGGGUUGUGGAAGGGGGCAGUUGCAGACUCGAACGUUGCAGCACAGCAAGAUGGUAUCGCGGCAUUAUGUUCAUUUCUCAAAUAUGGUGGGCGAGAGAGUUGCACGAGGACGAGAUCCUAUACCUUGACACCAUUAGUGGAAAAAUGCCUUUCAUCCACUAGGGCGGCUACGAAAGCUUCCGCGCUCGAGGCCAUCUUGCUCUAUAUUGAAUUAGAUACCCCAGGGCCAAUAUUAGAAGAUCUUCUUCCAGCGCUUUCCAACAAGCAGCCAAAAGUUAUCGCGGCCACACUUGCAGCCUUAACAGCGAUAUUCCAUAACUAUGGUUGCAAAACGGUUGAUCCAAAACCAGUCCUCAAAGUCUUACCAAAGCCUUUCAGUCAUGCAGAUAAGAAUGUACGGGCGGAGGCAACGAACCUCGCAGUGGAAUUCUAUCGAUGGUUGCGAGAAGCUAUGAAACCGAUGUUCUGGGGCGAUCUAAAGCCGACACAACAAACGGAAAUGGAAGCCCAAUUUGACAAAAUCAAAUCAGAGCCUACGCCAAAGCAAGAAAGAUUCCUUCGAUCCCAGCAAGCUGCCAUGGCACGAGCACCACCUCCUGGAGCUGAUGGAGCUGAAGACGAAAAUGAAUUAGAUGCAGAACCUGAGGAAAUCGAUGUCUAUGAUCUGGCUGAACCCCAAGAUGUUUUGUCCAAAAUUGCCCCUGAUUUCCACGAUCGAUUAGGUUCAUCAAAGUGGAAGGAACGGAAAGAUGCCUUAGAGGGUUUAUUCGGUAUACUGAAUGUUCCAAAAAUCAAGGAUGGUGAUUUCAACGAGAUAGUCAGAGGACUGGCGAAAUGCAUGAAAGAUGCUAAUAUCGCGGUUGUAACACAAGCAGCUCAGUGCAUCGAGGUUCUUGCAAAGGGGUUGCGCAAACCGUUCGGUAAAUAUCGCUCGGUCCUCAUGAGCCCAAUUAUGGAAAGGCUCAAAGAAAAGAAGGCUUCCGUCUCAGACGCCCUUGGUGCUGCUUUGGAUGCAGUCUUUAUCGCCACCAGCUUAUCGGAAUGUCUGGAAGAGACAUUAGAAUCCCUGAAGCAUAAGAAUCCGCAGGUGAAAGAGGGAACGAUGAAAUUCUUAGUCAGAUGUUUAAGGACGACGCGAGAAGCGCCUGCUAAACCUGAAGUGGCCUCCAUUUCUGAAGCAGCGAAAAAGUUGCUUUCAGAAUCAAGUGAGGUCUUACGCUCAGGGGGGGCGGAAGUGCUUGGCACGGUAAUGAAGAUCAUGGGUGAGCGAGCUAUGGGACCAUAUCUUGAAGGCCUUGAUGAAAUUAGGAAAACGAAAAUCAAAGAAUACUUCGAGACCGCGGAAGUCAAAGCUAAGGACAAACCAAAACCAAAGCCGCCGCCAGCUGCGGCUCAGCGUGCUGCGCCAGCUGGCGGAACCCGGAAAGUUGCUACGAAGAAGCCCGCGACAAAGAAACCUGCCGCAGCACCAAGCAUCUAUGCCCAGGAGGCGCCUUUAGCACCUCAACCCACAUCAAGAAGUACCCCGGGAACAAAACUCGCGGCUCCCAAACCAUCCGGGCUGGCUGCUCCAGGUGGAUUGAAAGCUCCCUUGAAGCGCACCCUGCCAGGACCUGGUGGUGCAGCUUCAACUGCGUCGCCUCGGCGUCCUGUAGCACAGGCUCCGCCUCCAGCUGACGAUGAACCGCCUGCUCCACCUCGUCUUGGUCUUGCUGGGCGUGGCCUCGCUGGACGUUCUCUAGCCAAAGCUCCUGCCGCCGCUGCUCCUCCUGCUUCAUCCAUGUCACCUCCACCGGCGUCGGGUUUGACUGCUGUCGAAAGAGCUGAGCUAGAAGAACUUCGGCUCGAUAAAGAUCGUCUACUUCGACAAGCUGAUGAUUUCCGUCAAGAGCGAUCAAGGUUCAAUUCCGAGGUUCAAGAAUUGAAGAAUCAAAACGCACAGUUAAUCGAAGACCACACCAGAGAUGUGCUUUCUAUUAAGGCCAAAGAAACUCAACUUGUGCGUGCUAGAUCUGAUUGCGAAGCAGCAGAGGCGAUGUGUGGACAACUGCGAAGGGAGAUGGAGAGAUUAAAGCGUGCUCUAACGAGCGCAGAGCGAGUAAACAGCCCUACAGUAGGUCUACCGAGCCCGAGUCGGGAUGCCAUGGGUGACGAAGGUGGUAUCUAUCGCGAUACCGGUAUGUACGGCGCGCCUCAUGAUAACAGGGCCGGGAUGCGUGCUCGGAUGUCGUACACCUCGACCCUCAGCGAGGAGAAAGAAAACACUGGCGAUGCGUUCGCAGGUCAAUAUGGGCGCAGUAAAUUAAGUCCAGAACCAAGAAAUGGGAGAACAAGUGCUGCCAGUGGGAGCGUGGGAAGAAAUAGCCCCACUCCAUAUACAAGCGCUCGGAGUGGUGGACAAAAGUCAAGCACUGAUAGCGCAAGAGAUGACGGCAACGGGGGCGUGGAGAGUUGGAAGAGAGCGGCCGAGGUUACAAGUGCUCUGAAAGCCAAGAUUGAGCAGAUGAAGGCACGACAAGGUAUAUCAAGACCAUAA